AUGAAAACAAUGGCAACAAGAAAAAGGUGCAAGCUUUCCAGAACAAGCCCAGAUUUUGCAAAUGUGAUAAAGAGGUUAUUGUGUGUCCGAACUUUUCACACAAGAAUUGGAGGAGACUUAACACCAGGAAUAAUAAACAGAGGAAGACCAGUUAAUGCAGAGCAGAUGGGCCCGCAAAUGCUAAGCAUCUCAACAUCUUUCCCCUUGGACUUUUGGACUCAAGAUGACUGCAUGCUGGUUUCUUUAGUUGGAAAUAAAGCUAAUGCACUGGGGAAACCUGUAAAUAUGGCGGGCUUGAUUUCUGGGGUGGUUUUAAGAACCUACGAUGUGGCAGGCAUUUGA